AUGUCAGUCGAAGCAAAAACGUUCACGAACAAAUCUAAUGGCGAAACAUUCACAAAAGGUACUUAUAACGGUAUUGAAGUCUUACGUAGAGACAAGGAUAGUUACAUUAAUGCAACAAAUAUGUGUCAGCAGUUUAGGAAAGACUUUAGAAAGUUGUUGGAAAAUAAGUCCUGGGAAGAGUAUUAUAAGGCAUUUUGUGAAGAAUAUAGCAACCGCCGGAAUUCAGACGGUUGCUUUUUAUACAAAAUUCAUGCCGGAAUUCCUGAUGAAAUCAAACAGGUUAGAGGAACGUAUGUAGACCCAAGACUUAUAAACUAUAUAGCAAUGUGGGCUUCUCCAAAAUAUUGCAUAGCAGUUGGAAAAAUUAUGGACUCCAUAGACAAGAAAGUUCAUGAGAAAUUAGAUGAAGAAGAACUCGAAGAUACAGUGGAGAAUGCUAAACCUUUGUUCGAAGAAGAAGUUGGAAAAAUGUGUGAAAAACAAUUAG